AUGGCGGAGCGCGUCGAGCAGCGCGUGGAGGAUCGCGUCCCGGAACUCGAGCAGCUGGAGCGGGUCGGGCUGUUCACGCGUAAGGAGAUCAGGGCCAUCCUGAGGAAGGUCUCGGCUCUGGAGUACAAAAUACAGCGGAGAGCGCUUCGGAAGGAGGAUUUCGUUAACUAUAUUCAGUAUGAAAUUAAUCUGCUGGAACUGAUCAGGAAAAGAAGAGCACGCAUUGGGUAUUCCUUUAAGAAGGAUGAAAUUGAGUUCUCUAUGCUGCAGAGAGUCCACAGCCUCUUCAAGCGUGCUACAGGAAAAUGGAAAGACGAUGUCCAGCUUUGGCUGUCACAUGUUGCAUUUUGCAAGCAAUGGAAUACAAAGAAUCAGCUCAGUAAGGUGUUCUCUUCCAUGUUGGCCAUUCAUCCCAACAAGCCAGCACUGUGGAUUAUGGCAGCAAAAUGGGAAAUGGAGACACGGCUGUCGUCAGAAAGCGCUCGGCACUUGUUUCUCCGUGCUCUGCGCUUCCACCCAGAGUGCCCAAAACUUUAUCAAGAAUACUUCAGAAUGGAGCUGAUGAAUGCUGAAAAACAGAGGAAGGAAAAGAAAGAAUUUGAACGAGCACAGAUGGACUUGGGGGAAUUCAGUUAUUCUGAAGAGAUUCUCAAUGGGGAAAUGGCUCGCAUCAUCUACAGGGAUGCUGCUCAGAAAAUUAAAGGUGCUGAGUUCCAUCUGGCUGUGCUUUCCAUUGCAAAGCUCUUUGAUUUUACCCAAGAUUUGCAAAAAGAAAUUCUUGAAAGUUUGCAGACCAAGUUUGCUGAUGAUCCUCUUACAUGGGAGUACUUGGCCCAUCGAGAGCUGGAGCUGGGGUCUCUGCAGUCCACAGAACACAGCACCAAGCAGAAAAAAGUGUCUGAAAUGACCCAGAGAGAGGAACGCUGCUGUGCCGUCUUUGAAGAGGCUGUGGGAGCAGUGCCAACAGAGGCCAUGUGGAAAUGCUACAUCACUUUCUGCUUAGAGAGAUACAACAGGAAAACCAACAGUGCAGAAUUAAAGCAAAAGAGGCUGGAGAGGACAUUGAGUGUGUUUGACAAAGCUCAUGAGUCCAGUUUCCUGCCAGAAGCUCUCUAUAAGCAGUGGCUUCAACUGUUGCUGGAGUUCAACCUCUCUGAGAAGGCUGUGGAGGUGGCAGAAGCUGCAAGCAAGCGCUUCAGCCUGUCGGUGGAGGCAUGGCAGAUGAGGCUGCAGGUGCUGAUCCAGCUGAAGAGGGAUGAUGUGACCCAGUGUUUUGAAGAAGCCAUUAAACACAUGAAAUCCAAGGGGACUUUGCCAUUGUGGACCCUCCGGGUGGAAUGGAGUGAAGGCACAAACAGCAAGGAACACACAGAAGCUCUCUACCAGAGAUCCUUACAUGCUACAUCUCCUGCUGAAUCUGUGACUAUGAAAGAAAAGUAUCUUGACUGGAGUUAUAGAAAUUGUGGUUAUAAAAAAGUUAAAAAAGUCUUUACCAGCCUGUGUGAAAAUCGUCCAUUUUCAAUUGACUUCUUCAGGAGAAUGAUCCAGAUAGAAAAGGAACAAGAAUCCUGCAAAAUGCUUCAUCUGAGAGAAUACUAUGAACGUGCCUUGAGAGAGUUUGGUUCGACAGAUUCUGAUCUCUGGGUGGAUUAUAUCAAAGAAGAGCUAAGUCAUCCCCAAGGCAAACCAGAAAACUGUGGGAACAUUCACUGGCGAGCUAUGAAGAUGUUGCAGGGUGACCUGGUGGAAGACUUUGUUUCCAAACACACUUUAUUGCAAACUGGACAUUUAUGA